AUGAACACUGAGCUCCAGCAGGUCCUCAAAGUGUGGGAACGUACUCGUCCUAACAGUCCCAUCUACGAAUUUCUUCUAAAUGAAGUUGAAAUUUAUGAUGCUGAAAAGGGCAUUGUUCGUGCCCGUCUCCACGUCGGUCCUCGCCAACUUAAUUCCAAGGGUACCUUGCAUGGGGCUUUCUCAGCCUGUGUGACUGACUGGGCAGGUGGAAUGGCUAUCGCAUCGCAUGGGUUGGAUUCAACUGGGGUCAGCACAGAUAUUCAUGUGAACUAUCUCUCUACUGCCACCGACGGCGACUGGAUAGAAAUUGAAAGCCGUGCCAACAAGGUUGGGAAGUCGCUUGCCUUUACAACUGUGACGAUUUCCAAAAAGACCGAGGCCGGUCUAAUCCUUGUUGCCCAAGGUUCGCAUACCAAGUAUGUACGAACUCGAUGA